UUUUUAACCUAUCAGAUCGUCGGGAAGUUUCGCCGGCUUCGAACAGGGCGGAGGCGGCACUUGCUUCACCUGAAAUGUUUAUUUAUCGGCGUUUUAAGAACUGUUUUGAAGGUUUGAAGAGGUAAUACGUUUUAUUUUAUCCGCCGUCUAGUUUCUGGAAGAACAGGGGGAAGAGGAAUAACAGAAGAAAAUAAGCAAGCAAAUUUAUUCGGUAUCCCGUAAAAAUGAGCGUCGAAGAUGAUGUGAUGCGAAUUCAAAAGAAGCUAACCAAAAUGACUUCGGGUGAUGGUGGCCAGGAGCAAGCGUUAGAACUUCUAAAGACACUUCAGAGCCUUCCUGUAAACUUAGACAUCUUGACUAAAACAAGAAUAGGAAUGACCGUCAACGCUCUUAGGAAAUCUAGUAAUGAUGAUGAGGUCAUUAGCUUAUCAAAGACACUUAUCAAAAAUUGGAAAAAAUUUCUCGGCGGUAAAGAGACUCCGCCAACAAGUAGUUCCAAAAAGUUGAAGAAUAACCGGGAAGAAAAAAAAGAGGAGCCACAGAGGGAGAAAGAGAAACCCAAGCAGACCUCUUUUCCACCGACAAACACCGUGGAUGCUGUAAGACUGAAAUGCCGGGAGCUGUUAGUCAAUGCACUUAAAAUUGAUGGUGAUCAGCAGGAAGGGUAUGCUCCUCCAGAAGAACUAGCAGAAGAAUUGGAAGAGGCUAUUUUUCAGGAAUUCAAAAAUACAGACUCUAGGUAUAAAAACCGGAUAAGAAGUAGAGUUUCUAAUCUAAAAGAUACAAAAAAUCCACAAUUGAAAGCCAAUUUUCUUUGUGGUGUUCUAUCAGCCAACAAACUUGCUACUAUGUCUGCAGAGGAAAUGGCCAGUGAUGAAAUGAAAGCCUUAAGAAACAAGUUUGUGAAAGAAUCAAUUGAUGAUGCUCAACUUGCAACUGUCCAAGGAACGAAAACAGAUCUUCUUAAAUGUGGAAAAUGCAAAAAAAGAAACUGUACAUACAACCAGGUUCAGACAAGAAGCGCUGAUGAGCCGAUGACAACUUUCGUUCUCUGUAAUGAAUGUGGCAACAGGUGGAAAUUUUGUUGAAAACUUGGAUAAUGGGCUUGGGAGCAAAUUAUUCAAUUUUUCUCAUCACCUCAUUGCAAUCUUUAAGAAAACCUUAAUGUAAUUUGUAAUUGUAAAUAAUUUAUGUUGUGAGGCUUUUAUUUCUAAGGGUUCAAUUUCUACAAAUUUUAUGUUAAAAUCUCUAAUGGACAAGUUCAUCAUUAAGUAAAGAUGUCUUUACUUAUAGCUUUCAAUUGUGGGUAGUGAAUAAAACGCUGUUGCCACCACAACACAACAUAUAAUAAUUACAAUAUCAUUUAUCUAAAAAAUAAACAGUUUGAAGUGUGUUAAUUUUUAA